AUGAACAGCCGGGCAGCACAUCCACGUCAACUGCGACUGCCUUGGAUUUGGCAAAUAAAAACACAGUGCCGCCCCAAUCAAUUCCAGAAAAAAAUUGUUGAAGAGAUCUUAAAAAUAACAUCAUCAGAAGUUCAUCAAGAACCGGGCCGCAUUAGCAGUGGCAGUCAGCAGGUAUUAAAAAAAAUUCCUUCAGAUCCUGCAUUAUGGCUUACUUUCUGCAUGUCAUCUCAAACUCGUCAACUACUGGUUGAGAGGGGUCCCCAUCAAAUUAAAGAAUUCGAGUUUCCUAUUAAUAAAGGAAAGCGUAGAUUUUUGCCUUCGUAUUAUUCGAAAGUGUUGAGCAAUGGUGAAGUCGUUGAGAGAAGUUGGCUUAUUUACUCUAUUGCUAGUGAUACCGUUUUUUGCUUUUGUUGUAUAUUAUUUGAUAAUUCAUCUGAUAUUAGUGACUGGCCCAAAAAAGGCUAUUCUGACUGGAAAAAUCUUAUAAGAGCCCUCACAAUGCACGAAAAGUCUGUAAAUCACAGAAAUGCUUUUAGAGCAUAG